GGCUGGCAGAAGAGCUUUGAAUAGGGAAGUUUUGCAGGGGUUACGUUUGCAGUCAGUUCAGUGUUUGCAAAUAUUGUGUAGGCUCCUGAGCAAGUCUCUGUGAUCCAGGAGAAUCAGAAUUUGAGGCUUCUAAUUGCUGUGCAAUUGAGUUUGCAUGAAACUUUCACCUCUUCUGCAGGAAUUGACUCUUGUGAUUUCGGGAGAGAGUUUUAAAUCUCUCUGACUACAGACCACACACCUCCCUAUUUUUUACAACAGAAUUGACUUUAUUUUCCAACCAGACAUGGAUGUUCUCCCAAUGUGCAGCAUCUUCCAGGAACUCCAGAUUGUGCAUGACACUGGUUACUUCUCAGCUUUACCAUCCCUGGAAGAAUAUUGGCAACAGACCUGCUUAGAGUUGGAACGGUACCUCCAGAGUGAACCCUGCUGUGUGUCCGCAUCGGAUAUUAAAUUUGAAAGCCAAGAAGAUCUGUGGACCAAAAUUAUUCUGGCUCGGGAGAAAAAGGAAGAAUCGGAACUGAAAAUCUCUUCUAGUCCUAAAGAGGACAGUCCAAUCACUCAGAGUUUCAGCCAGAGCCUAGAGACCAACAGCUUAAAUUCAGAUGUGAGCAGUGAAUCAUCUGACAGCACUGAGGAACUUUCACCUACUACUAAAUUUACCUCUGAUCCAAUAAGUGAAGUCUUAGCCAAUUCAGGAAAUUUGAGUUCUUCUGUCACUUCCACUCCUCCUUCUUCCCCGGAACUGGGCAGAGAACCUUCCUCUCAACUGUGGAAUUGUAUGCCUGGUGAAUUGCAUUCACCCGGUAAAAUUCGUACUGGGACUGUGGGCAAGACUGGUGAGAAGGUCAGUGGCGAUGCCUCUCCAGAUGGCAGGAGACGAGUCCAUCGGUGCCAUUUCAAUGGCUGUCGGAAAGUUUACACCAAAAGCUCGCAUCUCAAAGCACAUCAGCGCACUCAUACAGGAGAAAAGCCUUACAGAUGCUCAUGGGAAGGGUGUGAAUGGCGUUUUGCAAGAAGCGAUGAGUUAACAAGACAUUUCAGAAAGCACACGGGUGCCAAGCCUUUUAAAUGUACUCACUGUGACAGGUGUUUUUCCAGGUCUGAUCACCUGGCCCUUCACAUGAAGAGGCACCUCUGAAGGGGUCAAGAGGUGAAUCCUGUGGGCUAAGCGGCUGCAAGGUUGAGACAGCCUUGUGAGGAGGGAUGCGUCCCAGCCAAAAAGCAUGCCAUUUUGCACCCUACCCAGUUGCCUCCAGGACCUCUAACUUGAAGGUCUUUUGAGGGCUAAUAAAGUCAUGUAAGAAGCGGCAUCGCAACUGUGGUGCAUGAGGUUUGGGUUUUCCCGGACUCAUUCACUGGUACCUAACCUUCUGAGUGGCUCCUAAGCCUUUGCCGUGAGCAUGUGCACUGAGAAUGUUAAUGAUUGGGCUGACUGUAUGUUGAGGAUCUAUUCAUGACUGUAUGAUGAGGUACACUUUUUUUUGAUCUUGUAGUUUUGCUGCAAGAGAGAUGAAAAAGUUAGUUUGAAUGUUUUGUGUGUGAGGAACAUACCAUGAGAUGGGACGACCACCAAUCAUUUCCUGGGGGGGAGGGUCUGCACCUUUUUUUUUUUUUUAAACAAAAACAAAAACAUUAAAAAAAAAAAAAGAAGGGGAAAAAUGGAGGGCGGGAGUGGGAAGUCAGGACCCCGGAGUAGCGAUUGGGGGAAAGGGGAGUCCCCUUUUCCUGGGUGAGAGAAGCUUUGGGUGUCUGGUGCAGCUAUUAAACGUGCAAUGCGUCAGGUAGCUUGUUUUACUUGCUACAGAGCUCAUUUGUAAUCCAUUGUAUAAGCUGUGUAUUUACAAAUAUAACACAACUAUAACUUUUCAUUAUAAUACAAAGAUAAUGCAUGGUUCCGGGGAACUCUAUGCUUUUCCAUUCUUUAAUCAGGACUGCAAUUUUGAUUCCAGUUAAAGAGCAGCUAAGAUACAAUUGGUCUAAUGCAGUGAUUCCCAGCCAUCUUGGACUUGCAACACAUUAUUAUAAUUAUUAUUAUUUUUAUUAUUAUUAUUAUUUGUUGUUAUUGUUGUUAUUUAAUUUUUGCAACACUCCCUCCCCCUAAAAGUGCAGUGUUGGCACAGAAUUAUUUUUUUUUAAUGGAAAUUAAAUUUAAUUUGGAGAAUUUUUUUGGCACCCCCCCUUCCACCCCCAGAUAAUUGUAUACAUUGUGGGGGUUUCACAGAGCCAGGGUUUGGGAAUCACUGGUCUAAUGUUACAUUGUGUAUGGAACCUGAAAAAAAAUUUUCUGUUGGGUGGAUAAAACCACUGUAGCUUAGAAACUGAUUUCUCAUGCAGCUGUUUCUCUUAUUUAUGCCUUGAGGACUAAUUUCUGGUUUUCUAGCUGUUAAUGCACUGUUGACCUUAAUAAUGGUGCCUUAUGCAAGUGACCUUCUCUUGUGGGGGGGGGGUCUCAUACAGGGGUAUGGGUGAUGCAUGCUUUAUUAAGGCUCUUUUUUCACCUGGCAUUGUACUGUAUCAAUGUAUAAUACAGAAACACACACACACACACACACACACACAAUCUUUGAGGUCCUCCUUCACAGAGAUGAAUAUAGAAAUGAAAACCUCCCUCAACAUGUCAGUAUUUGUUUGCUAUUUUUGACAACUUGACUGUCAGUGUUAAAGUGUAUUACACACACUAAUUCCUGACCAACUCUGCCACCUUCAGACUUUUAUACGGACCUUGCACAACAAUUGUAUAGAUAACACACCCCAAACUGUAUUUAAUAUGUAAAGUUUUCACACAUAUUAAAGAUACAGAAGUAUAAGAAGAAGAUGUUAAUGUAUUGCUUGGAAGGCACAAAUUUCACAUAUAUAUCUAGCUAUCUGUUGGUAAUACAGAAAGUAUAAUACUUUUUUAAAAAGUGGGCAGAAUUCUUGUGUAUGUAUAUUUGUGUGUACAGUAUGUGUAUGUGUGUAUAUAUAUAUAUAUAUAUAGAUAAUAUAUAAAUAUUUUUUUUAAAAAAAGGAGAAAUUAGAAUGUUUAGCUAGGAAAUUCCACAGCCUGUGAAGAAAUAUUUCAAUAUGGCCAUAAAGGAGGCAAAAACACGGAAACUACAAUCUCUCUUUUUGGAGGCAUUCUUUUCAGUUUAAAGGUUUGCUAAAGGCUUUGUUGGCCUGGAGUCUGUGCCAGCCUGCCGACUGUUUGGCCGUCUGAAUCAGCGAGUGAGUCUUUGGCCGUUCAAAAAUGGCUCGGGCUGAAUGCUGGCAUGCCGGUCAGAUUCAAGCAAAAUCCACCAAGGGUUUUGUUUUUUGGCCAUUGAGCUCAUUAGAAGAUUGAGCAGUAAGGUUAUUACUAUGGAUCAUUUUUUGUUGUUUACUUUGUAUGCAGAUGAAUCUAUUUUUUUCCAUCAUGUAGAUUCUUCAGAGCAUUCUCUCAAAAACAAAAACUUUUCCCAAAUUGUCACAUUAUGACAUUGACAGCUAAUAUUUCAUCCAGCUGUUUGCUUCUGGGUGUGGAUACUUAAAAAAAAAAAAAAUAUAUAUAUAUAUAUAUAUGUGUGUGUGUAUGUGUGUAUAUAUAUACAUAUAUAUAUAUAUACAUAUAUAUGUAUAUAUACAUAUACAUAUAGGUCUGGCUGGGCUAGUAUUUUGUUUGAUCUUCCUAGAAGUGGUGACUAGGGCUCACAUAACUGGUUUUUAAUCUGGUUUGGAUGAAUACAUUUGCCUAAAUAACUCAUUUCAUUUUGCUUAAGGGGAAAAAUGCACUUUUUUUUUUUCUUUUGGCAAUUCAAAAUCCAGAAAUUUGAUUUGCUGGGUUUGAGAACUCCUUUUUUGGCCAUGCUCUGCUUAGCCAUAACAAUCCUGUUAAGCAAGAAGGUAAACAAAAGCAAAAAAACAAACAAACAAAAACCCUUGCACUGGCUUGUCUCACUUACGAAAUACCAUCAGAGUUGUUUGAAUGGGGUGGGGCCGAGUGCCAUUUAUGUCAAUGCCUGUAAUUUUCAUAAUGAGCAAGUACAUAAGACAUACAUUCUGUUCAGGUGAUAACUGAGCCUCAAUCAAGCUGAAAUUUUUGCUUGAAAUUUAAAAAAUUUCUAUUAGUGAAAUUUCUCUUUUUUUUGAAGCACCCUGUUAUCUAAAGAAUCUUUGUAAGAUUUUUGUAAAAUUUUGUUUUACAAGAUUUUAUUUGAAAUUGUUUUUUGCAAGAUUGUUAUAUUUCUGUAUGAAUGUAUUUUUUAUUGGAAUAACAUAAAAAAAAUUCUUAUCAGCAACUCUGGUCUAGUUUGUUUUUUGUUUUGUUUUGUUCUUUUAAUUCCUGCUGUGUUCAUUGUGCCCUGCUUCCUAUUUGGUAAAUAUCAAAUAUGAAACACAAAAUAACUUCACACAUAAACACACAUACACAUUCCCUUCCUGGAAGCUUAUCCCAUCCCAGAAUCUGGGUAGAAGGAAGAGCCUGGUAUUGCCCUCAAACUCAGUAUACUUCUAAGCAGACUGAUGAAAACAACAACUUGGCUUUGAGCCACUGUUGGAAAACACUUGGCUAUUUUUUAAAUUCCUGUCACUCAAGCUAGGGAAAUGCACUGUGGAGGCAUCUGCACCAGAAGAAGCUAGUGGACUGAUUCCUUUCACUAUCGUCCAUGGAACAGGCUUUACAUUCCAACACUCUUGCUCCAAUUAAGCAAUAACAGAUGACAGGGUAUUCAUUCAUCUCUUGAGCCAUCCACACCUUGUAUAAGGUGGAAUGGGGAGUGACUAAUGGGAAAAAGGGAGGUAAGCCUGGGAGAAAUUCCCAUACUUUUCUAUCCACCCCUUUAUUGGGAUAGCAAAAUCUACCCAGUGCAAUUCAGGGGAGGUGAAGGAUUAUUUUAUGCAGUUAUAGGCUAAUUUAUUCCUCUAUUUCUAAAAACCAAUGGCAGAGCAAAGUUCUGUGUAUUCAUGUGUUUUGUUUUUUUAAAAAAUAGUGUAGACAUUUAAAAAAACAUUGUUAAACAAGAUUUAAAUUAUAGCUACCCCAAAUAUUUCUUUUUUACUAGGUUUGGUGAAUUAAAUGCUACAUAGAUUUGUGGGAAUUCAGACAUGUCAUUUAAAGAUCUAAGAUUAGAAUAAAGCUAGUGAUGCGAUAUGUAAAUAAAAUUAGUAUCAGUUUUUGGCAAUGAGUUUGUAGGAUGUCAGAGAAAAUGUACAGACUAUAUGGAAAUUUCCUGGUUUGAACAUUAAGCAAGUCCACUGCUGGAAAGAGUAUGCAUCACUUUAGAAAUAUUUCCAUAAUGAAGAUUGAAGUUAUCUAAUUUGUUAAGUAUGACUGUGAAAUAGGCAGAGGUUAAACUGGGGUUCCUGGAUUUUACUUUAAAUGGUAGGUAGGAGAAGUUGGAAUGCAUUACAAGAUAAAGAAAUUCUAGAUCAUUGCCUGUCUACAACUGCUAUUAAAAAUAUCAGAAAUUGGAACAGAGUUGGGGGGAGGGGAGAAAGGAGGAGAAUUGAGAGCAGAUUAAAUUUUUUUUCCAGUAUUCACUGGGUGUGUUGCAUUCUGAAGUACAUGUCGGGAUGACUAAUAGUGGAAUCGCUAUGACUGUACAGUCUAAAUAAAGGGCUGAUAGUGCACUCUAGGCUGCUAUUAAGAUUGGGCCAGUUUGUCAUACAAAGACUGCACUGAAGAACUAAGUUAUGUUCAAACAAGGCUAUUGCAAAAAAACAAAAAACAAACAAAAAAAAAACCCUUGUGCAAGAAAGAAGCAGCAAAUCAGAGUGCUGUUUGGGGGAGGGGUGACAUUUCAACAUAUACCACUUCUGGUUGCUUGCCUAACUGUUUGUUUUUUUUUUUAAACAGCCAAAAGGAAGAAAAGGGUUUAGUUUCAGAGCUCUUAAUUUAACCUGGGGUCCAUGAACUUGGGUUUUUUAAAAAAUGUUUUGAUAACUAUUUUGAGAUACUUAGUUUCCUUUGUAAUCCUAUUUAUUUCGUGCAGCUAAAAAAAAUGGUAUUCCAAGAAGGGGUCCACGGACCACUAAAUUGCCAAAGGGUUACAUGAUACAAACAUGGUUAAGAGCUCUCGUCUACUGUUGGCUUCACUAGAACACCAACUGUAUGAUAGAACUGUUUAAUAAAUAUUGUGUCUAAUGCAUGCAAACUAUUUUACACUUCUGGGCCUUGAUUUCCUCAUAUGUAAAAUGAGGGUUUUGGAUGACAUAAUCUCUAAGUUCCCCAUCAC